AGAGAGAGCAGAGCAGUCGCACCUUUCACAGCUCUGAACAAUGAAACGCUCCACUCCUUCCUUCACUUCUCUCUACACGGACCAGCAGUAGGAGCUCCACUCUGGAGGAACAAAUAAGAAAUAACUUAAUAUUCGGCCUUGUAUCCAGACAUCCAGCAGGACUCCCCUCGGCCAGCCUUCACCGCGAGCUGUCGGUCCGAGUGGUCGCGAGGCACCGGAGGAUGAAACAGAAUCAGGAGAAGUAAAGCGAUGUGAACGGUGACUGGAAUGUAGGAUUAUCAUCUGAGCUCGAGUGGAAGGAGAAAAAAAAUCAGACUAUAAGAUUACACAUUUCCUGAUCUAUGCAGCCCUACAAUGCCUUUGAGGUUGCAAUGUCUUCUCUAAAGCACGUUAUUCUGCAGGAUAAGGACACGGACAAUGAAAAGAAGCUGGACUGGAGCUACAUCGAAUGGGAUGAAAAUGAAGUUGUCACAACAGGUGUGGCGGAUGCUGAGACGCAAACGGACUCGCCAUCUUUUGAGCACAAAGAGAGCCAGACCAGUAACCCAGUCAUAAUGCACAUAGAUCUCAAACGGACACACUCCAAAAUGAGACAUUUGUCUUUGGUAAACCUAGACAACUCGGCUCCACCUUUCUUUCAGUUUGACCGCCAGGCCCCUGGACGUAUCUCCACAUCUCCCACCUUGAGGAGGAUGAGGAGCACCCGACGUCCUCAGAUAGAUUUUAGAGAGCCUCACAGGAUGGGGAGCACUCAGGAAGAGCAAUCAUCUGCAAGCACGGGAUCCCCCAUAAGUCCCCUGUCACCAGGACACCGAGUAGAUUCACCUCUUGCAGCGAGCCCACUCUCUGACGGGGAGGCCGAUCAUCAGCCAGUGUCAUCCUCAGGCCAACAGCGAAGCAGAUCGCAUAGAUCAAAGACUUUUGACAACAGUAUCACUUCUGUGGAACAAGAAUGUCACAGUGCUCAUCCUUUUCUUAUUAAAGACAAUGGAUUUCCUGAGGAUGAAGUUCAGGAGAAGGAAUCCUGCCAUGAUAGGCUUUAUCAGAGGAGACGGAGCUCCGUCGUCGUGAGUUUGCCCGGCUUGGAUGUUUCUCCAGGAGAUCUUUUCGUGUCCAAUGGAGCAGCUGACUUACUAAAUGACUCAAACUUCGCAGAUACCAAGAAGUCAAAGUGGCCUUUUUCGAGGCGUAGUACGAGUAAAGGCAAGCCGCAGACAUGCACGGUGUCAGAUAUUGAGAAAUAUCUCUCAACUGCGCAGAUUCAAGACUGGAGAAACUUGGAGCUUCAGAGAUAUAAGGACUACUCUCUGGCUGAGUUCCUGCAAGACCAGUCUUCCCAGGUCAGUGCUUCCUCUGACCCGCAGGGCUUCAAGAGACAAGAGACCAUCUGGGAGCUCUUCACCAGCGAGUGUGUUUACUUCAUGGAUCAACUCAUGGUUCUCAAAGAGGUGUUUUCGGCUACGCUCACAAACCUGCAGGUGACCAACUGCCUGACUGAUAUCGACUCAUGGAGGCUGUUUGCGAAUCUCAAUGAGCUUUGCCUGGUGAGCUCAGGUUUCCUAAACAGCCUCCUCCGCGUUAUCAAGAACAUGUUGGAGAUUACUGAGGGUGGCAGUCCCACCCUGCUGGAUCUGCUGGGGAAGGCUUUCCAGGAGAGCAUAUGCCACUGCCUGCAGACGUAUUGCCUCAACUACUCCACGGCUCUUCUGUAUCUGGACAGUCUGAAGCCCAGAGAGGACUUUGGGACUUACGUGAAGUGGUGUGAAAGGAGCAAGCAGUGCCGAAGGCUUCACCUGCGUGACCUGCUGGUGGCACCGCUGCAGAGGCUAACUCGAUACCCGCUGCUGUUGCGGAAUAUCGCAAAGAGAUGCCAGAAGGAGGACGAAGCCCGAGGGCUGGAACUUAUAGCAGAACAAGUGGAUAAAUCGAUAUGUGAUUUAGAAGGAAAGGUCAAAUGGCUGGAUAACUACCAGAAAGUGAAACAGUUGAGAGAUGCCCUGGUUUGGCUGCCUGUAUGGGAGAGGGACAAGCGUGCUUUCAUCCCUGAGAAUCUGAAACAUCUUCUGAAGGCUGUCACACUGGAUAAUCUGAUUUCUCACAGGAGUCUGCUGCACGAAGGGAAACUCGUCCUCACAGAGAACGCAAAGCUCAUAGACGUCUAUAUGUUCCUCUUUGAUGAAUUCUUGCUGAUUACAAAGAUGAAGAGAAACAAGAAGAGGUCUGUAGGUCCAGAGCAGAAUCCUCUGAAAAACCUGGAGCUGGAUCAGAUGCUGAAGGAGGGAUGCACCUUCACGGUUCUCGACCAGCCAAUCUCUCUGGAUCGACUCCAACUUAGAAACAUCGAUCAACUUAAUGCCUCCUCAUCGGGGUUGCCUCAUUCUUUCAUAGUAAUGCACCAGAACCGCUACCAACAGUGUAUUGGUGCAUUCAUCCUGCAAGCUGCGUCAGAGGCUGUCAAGAGAGUAUGGAUGUCAAAGAUAGAGGGCGCAGUGACGGCGCUGCUGAAGCAGGACUCUCAGCAGACACGAGUAAAGAGCUCCUCGCUGUGGCUGGAGUCUUCGCAGAUAUGACCCAUCAAGCAGAACUAGAAGCCAUGUGAAAAAGUUUCUACUGUUAAUGUGCACUUCACUGCCCCCUGAUGUCUUGUAAAUGACUGCACUAGCACUAGGAUGAUUUUGUAAACGGUUUGACUGUGAAGGCAGCUGCUACAGUAGUGUAAAAUAAACAUCUCAUCAUGUAGUAAAACGUUGGGUUUAGAAUUCCACACAUCAUUUCAUGCAGUUUUUAAAUUGUCUGUGAGCUAUUGAUCACUUCUGAUGUUUCAUAGUGCUUCAUACAGUACUGUGCAAAAGUCUUCAGCCACCCCUAAUUAUUUAAUAUUUUAAAAAUAGGAUAUAGGUGCAUUCUAAAGAGCUUGAAAGUUUAGUAUGACCACUGCAGCUUGAUCUCUUAGGCACGCUUUUUGUAACUUCUUACAGUCCUCCAGGAACAGUUCUCCAGGCUUCUUGAAAGACAUUCAAGGCUCUUCUUUUGAUGUUUCUCACUUUUGUUUCAUUUUCUGUGCAGACGAUCCCACACUGCUUUAGUAAUGUUGAGGUCCAGGUUUGUUUUUAUAUCCAGGUAUGGUUUUACUGCACUGACAGUAUGUAUCAUUGUCAUGCUGAAAAAUGAAGCCGUUGCCAAUUAGAUGCUUUCCAGGUGUUAUUGCAUAGCAGAUGGUGGUGAUGGUAUUUUCCUGCAUUUAUAAUACAUGUACGAUUAAUUCUGACAAGAUCUCAGACACCACUGGCUGAAAUGCAGCCUCCACCGUGGUUUACAGAUGGCUGUGGACCUUCACUGCCGCUCCUCUCUCCUGAGCUCCUUUCAAAUUGUCAUCAAUACGUAUAAACUAAAAGAAAAUUUGGAUUCAAGACCCGUUACCACUCAUUUUCUAUCUGUUUGCCUUCCUUAAUAAUGACUUCUUGACAGCCACCCUUCACCUGAGACCAGUGCCAGAUCCAGUAUUUGAUGGAUUUUCCAUCUGUUCUUCUUUUGUCAUCCACUCAUCUUUUUAAGGACAUACUGCACAGCAUCCAAGAUAUGCCAAGUUCCAAGUAGUCUGCAAGCUGUAGAUACUACACUGGUUCAGCCCUUUUUAUGGUUGAAUGAUUCAUAGCACACUCUUAAGUUCCUUAACAAAAAAAAUAUUGUCUGAAUUGUCAGGUUCAAGGACAGGACUGAAAAUUAGGAAAACUUUGAAAGACCUCCAGAAAGCCUGGAAGAGGAAGAAUAUUAAUUAUAUUAGCAAAACAUAAAGAAAUGAGAGGUGGUUUCAGACUUUCUGUAUUUUAUCACUGCAUGGAUUCGAUAUUUGAGACAGCAUGGAAGAACAUCCAGAAUUCAUUUAAAAAACUACUUGAUUAAUCAGUGUAGUGGGAAAUGUUCACUGAAUGAACAUCGGGUUCAGAUGUGAUUUGCUCUUUCAGUCAUUUGCUGUUUGUUGGUGCUGUGUGCAUUUCUCAAACUUCAGCGCUUUUAGAGGCUUCGAGAAUCAUUCCUGCAAAGCGACAAAAACAUGACACGGUAAGAUACAAACAUACUGCAGGUUUUAUUUUACGUUUGCCAUGACAAUUAGAAAAAUCAUCUGGUGCAUGUGAACAUAAAUCACUUCCCUCAUCCAGCUUCAGUGAGCCAAAGUCACGUCGACGCUGCUAAAGGCGAGCGGUGACGUGCAGGAUGUUUGCGUGAAAACACACUUUCACAACCGCCAAAUAUGAUGACUAAACAAUGGAGAAACGUGUGAGCCACAGGCCAGUAAAGUCAUCAUGCAUGAUAAGUGAGAACAACACAAAGCAAGCCACAAUUCAGUGUCUUCACGUCUGUGGUGCCGUUUGGUAAAAAUGAGUAAGACACCGAUGAAUCCACACAGUUUCACCGUUAUCAUGUUUCUACACCCACGAGUGUUAUAUAGAUUUUAUUUUUCUCUUUCAUUACAAACAUUUACAAAGAUGACAGCCUUAGUAUUAAUGAGCAGUUGAGUACAGCGGUGCUAGAAAUGCCGAAGCCUGUAUAAAGUCGGUGGUCCUAUGUUUGUAGCUGAGCUCUCAUACGGACAAGCCCAGAAUACGAUAAGGUGCAAAUCAUCUCUGUAGAGUUUCGGGUCUGUACACUAUAAUAGAUCAGUCACAAAAUCCCUCAUCGAAUGCAGGCAGAGAUACAACAUUUGUGAUGUCUAUCAUUUAGAAAUAGUGCUUUUCCUGGGCCAAUCUGAGGUAGACAUAACAAAACCACUGAAGCAAAAAGACUGGUGUUUUUGAAAGAUGGCAACUGAGACAGACAUUCUUUUGUAAUGAGCAUACAAGCAUAAGAGCUAACGUAGUAAGUCUGAAGCAAGCUGCUUGUUACAUCGUGACCUUCUCCAGUCUACUGACAACUGCACAAGAGAUCUUACCAGGAGCGAUCAACAAUUAUAAAUUAAACAAAGCAGGAAUCAACUUUGACAUUGUCCUCAGCAGCAGACACGUUGGACAGAGCCGUCAGCAACCGCUGCUCCUGAAAGCAGCACCGAAGCCCCCAAGAGCAACAUGCCGGAGAGAAGCUGAGAUUCUGAGCAGCCGACAUUCAUACAGUGCAUUUCAGCAUACACAGCAGGCCUAACACUAAAAUACACACUCUGUUACAGCAACUUCACACACACACGCGCCUCCACAGUUAUUGCUUGAAAGCAGAACACGCAUACAAAAAACACACAACUCCAGCCAGUAGGUCAGUGCUGCUGAGUGGAGACAAGCAGCAAGGAACAAAAAAAAGUUAACAUGCAGGCACCUUUAAGUCUGCAGAAAGCACCACGAUUUGAAGAAAAUAACACGUUAAGAGUAAUGUGGCACAGGACACAACAAAACAAAAACACGACUUCACGUAAAAAAAAAGCCUCUCAGAUUGCCACAUGUGCCGUUUUCAAGAUAAAAAUGACGACACGUCGAAAAAUACUGAUAAAUGAAACAAAGUCAGGGCUUAGACCUCGGCUGUAUUCCUGCUGCACACAUUCUUUGGUCAUGAAUACAUUAAAUCCAACAGACUCACAAACGCUCUGCCGCACAAAGGAAACGUGCAGUAACUGAUCCGAAGGUCUGUACAGAAACACGCUGGUGCACGAGUCUUUUGACGGAGGGUUUUUCUGAUUUUUAAGAUUAAAAAUCCCUAGAAGGAUGUUUAAU